GUAUCAUCGGAUUUGCCGAGUGGAGACAAUCCAGGCAAGAGAAAUGAAAGAUUGACAGUUGAAGAUUCGGUAAAUUUGCAGAGUGGUUCGGAGGAAAGGAACGGAGGAGAUGAAAGUGGAUCACGCGAUGGCCGGCUACCUGUUUCAUAUGCCGAGUGUGUACGCAGCGGAAAUCAGAGAGAAGGGAUUACACCUGCACAAGUGCAAGUAGGGAGAAACCAUGACGCAUCAAUAUCCGACCCUCUUAUUGGUGAAAAUUCAGAAGGGAGUAACCCGAGCUUGCAUCAACCUCCAACAUCUGAUGAGAAAAUGGCAGAAGUGGGCCAGGAACAAUCAUCUCGCACCGCAACGCAAUCCCUGAAUCAAGGACUGAACUCUGUAAGUCAAGAUUUACAGGGGCAAACCCCAGCUGCAAACACAGACAAUGGGAGCACUGUGUCAGAGGUCAACUUAGUAAAAAAUACCGUGCCCUCGACAGAGGAUGGUCCUGCUGUGGCUUUGCAAAGUACUGACAGUGACGCUAAUGUGUGUGACUCAAAUCCAAAGAGUGAGAGUAAUACGUGUAAAACGAGUCAACCAGCUGUAUUGGUAACCGGCGAAAAGACCACACAGCUGAAACAACCGCCUGACUUUCCAGUGUCUGUGGAGUUAAACAAUGCCGGACAAACAAGCAGAUCUUGUAAGGAAGUGGCUGGGAAAAAUUCCCGGAAUGCCACCGAAGGAACAGGUGAAAUAAGGAGUAAUGCCAGUGCCUCUGGGUCAAUCAUUGCUGAUCUAGCAAACGGAGAGAAUAUAUGCACAGCUGCAGCUCAGAGCCACAAUACGUCAGUCACACAACCCUGUGAAAACUCAAGUGUUGGUGCUGCCUCCGCACAAUUACAAUGUGGUGGGACUGAACUCAAGGGCCAGACCGUUUCAGCGGCUGCUGCAAACCAGAUGAGUGAAAAGUACAAAGAUCACGACCAAUCUAAUGAAUGUAUUCAACCUGAAACGCACACAGUUCAAGAAAAUGCCAUAUGCGUUCUACCAACCAGUUUUUCAGGACCAGUAGAACUGGAUUCGCCUCAUUCGUCCCAUUCGUCGGACAGUGGGAAGCAUCUGAUCAUAUCGACGAUCACGGUGGAUGAAAUCACCAUAGAAGAGAUUGCAAACACGCGUGACAAGAGAGACGCUUUAACCUUGGCAACACUUGAAGCCAAGUCGCCCCCUGAACCUAGUUUCACUGCAGGCGAUCCAAAAGUGAAUCUAGAUACGCUACAAGAUUCAGAAGGAAUGCCUGAAAAAGAAUCGGAUAGCGAGGAAAUGCAAAGAAACGCAUCGGAAUCGAAUGGACUACAUACUGAUGCCGAAGCGGAUCAUUUAACAGCCCCAGGCAAUGGCGCUGACACUCGAGACUUAAACAUUCUGAAUCAUGAGCCAUCAUCUGACACCUCGGAGGGGGGAAGCACAAGCGCCCUCGGGGAUGCAACGCGGGAGACUAAUUUGGAUACCGAAGACAUUAAUGUAGCUAUAAUGACAGAUUCGCUGGCAACCGAAGAACAGCAAUAUCAAGGCGAGCAAAUCCCAACGGGGAUGACCAAAGAUGGUGCUGAGGGAGAGAUCCCAAAUAUUGCCGAGGAAGAGAGGCAAGCGAUGGAUAGUUCGGGGGAGACUGCUGGGGCGAAUGGCAGCACAGUCUCGAAAGACAAUGCGGGAAAUUUAGGUCAAGUUGAAGAUGCAGGAGCAGCAGAUGAACCCAUGUCAGUAGUGACUGCAUCACUCGAAGUGGGAGAGAUAGUCAACAGCUCGAGGAUAUCGAAAGGAGACUUUCAUUUUGAAACUCCUCUGACUGAGCAGACGUCACUGCCUCCAUCUGAAUCAUUCAGUGAGCUGUCGUUCUGGAAAUCAAGUCUUCCUCUGCUUACGCUUGAUGACUUAGCUCCAGUCAUGGCUGAGAAUGAAGGCGCAAAUAAAAAACCCAGUGAACUGGAAACUAAACAGAUGGGCAGUAGCUCUAAAACUGAUGCAAGCAAAGAAGCAAGUCAUCAUCACUUUCUCUUGAAAUAUUCUCCUGACUUCGCUUUUGCCCUCCCAAGCGUGGCUGACCCACCUGAAUCUGUAAUUCCUAGGAAGGAGACUACGACUAAAGAAAGCCUGAAGAGUGACCUGAAUGUACCCAACUCUCCCACCGUGAUCAGCCCAGUGGAUCAAGCGAGUUUGAAGGGUAGCAAUACCAGUACCCCAAGCACCUCCAGUGGGGAGUUUGGUCAGUUGAUGAUCCCAACAGUGGCAAGAUUGCGAGAGAGGGAUACUUACUUCGGUGCCGAGAGUCCGAGCGAGUAUUUUGACUGCCGCUCAGAACUGAACGACAGUAAAGACCCUCUGGACGAUUUAGUCAACGAGGAUCUGUCCGAAUCUAUCAAGGGAUCUCUCAACUUGGAGGGAUCAAGCCCUGCUGCUUUGAAACCUUCCCAAAACCAAACAAGUGCUGAAGGCGUGGAGGAAGCAAGUAAAGAGGUCGGUAGUGUUGUUGAGGAGCCGACAGCUGAUUCAUCCUCAUCUGAGAGUGGCUCUCCAAAGCGUAGAACGAAAAGUAUGUCCUCCGUUUCAAGCCAUAAGUCCCUGUCAGGCCAGAAGAGGAAACAGUUCACGGGUGAUGACCGACAGGAGGCAGAUCUUAGCCACGUGUUUGAAUCUGAGGAUGCCAGGUCCAGCCUCCCGCAGUGGAGUAACCUCAUUGAGAAGGUCACACCAAUGGCCAAGCUCUUCUCCUUCUCGGAGAAAUGGCAGACGCCACUGAAGACGCGCUCCAUCUCCUUCGAUGAGUCCAAACACCUCAUGCAUCAACUCACGGAGAGUGAGCGAGCCACCAGAAUCAACUCGGAACCCCUAACAAGCCUGAGCCCAGACUCGGAAUCACCCCUGAGACCCCAGAGUGACCCCAAGCGUUCCAAGGUUCAGUUCGACGAGGGUCCACUAGCAGUCUCGUCCCCUCCCGGACCCUCAAAACCAGAAGGGGGACUCAAAAGACCGGACACACUCUUCACAUUUUCAGCCAAGCCCUCCACCAAAGAGCCCGGAUUUCCACCACGGCAGCGGGUGACACGGACCCGGUCAGAUGGGCGCCUGUGGCGUGAACUUUCACCUCUGACCUCGCCUUAUUCAUCCCCGCUGAGAAGCCCAAGGAUAAUGUCACCAAGGAAGACCACACUCAUCAGCCCCGAGAGGGAAAAACACGCAAAGCUGGACUUCAAGAUUAACUUCAAAGAUCAGAAAACCUUUACUGGUCGUCGGCUAGUUGACUGGCUGUGUUCUACCAUGAUAGACCCCAAGCAGGAUGAGCCCACACCAUCCUCCUCAGUCACCUCCCCAUCCUCUGAGGGUCGUACCUCUGUCUUGCUCCUCUGCUCCUGCCUGCUGGAUAUCGGAGUCAUACAACCACUGGAGGCUGAGACGGGAACCGACAAUUUCAAGUUGGAUGCCAUGUACUGCUGGGCCCAGCAUGCCUACCACCCCAGCUACCCAAACGGCAUCCCCAUCGUGUCCUCCCCGGGCAAGCUGGAACCCGUCUGGCCCCCUCCCAAGCCAGAAGAAGGCUCCGCCCAUCAACACGGUCUCAAGUACACGGAGGCAGAACUGCAACAGUACAUCAUGGGGCUGAAGAGAGUGCAUGACGACGCUCUGGAGAAGAUGGAGUUGGACCAUGAGCUAGCUAUGGUUGAGUUGCGAGGCGAUCAUGCAACCAAGCUUUGUGCUCUGGAGGAUAAGCUCUCAACUCUUCAGGACACCCUGAUGCACGGAGGAGGAUCCCGAGAACCAAGCAGCGACACCCAGCAGAAGGUCAUGAUGGACGUCGGGGUCAACACGGACUGGAUAGACUACAGCAGGCAGGGACUGCAAAAGCAGAUUGAACUCUUUGAGGAGAUCAAGGAAUCGGGUGGUGGGAAGGUGCCCGCCCCUCCCCCACCUCCACCAAUACCUUUAGUCGAUGCCCAGAAUGCUGCUCCACCCCCUCCACCCCCAAGCCUUGCUGGACUUCCCACCCCACCAGGAGGUGCAAGCGUACCACCUCCGCCAAGUGGGGUACCACCACCACCACCCUUACCACCAUCAGCGCAUACGAUACCCCAGCCGCCCCCACCCCCUGGAGCUGGGGGUGUACCACCGCCUCCCCCACCUCCCAUGCCAGGGAUGAUGCCCCCUCCACCGCCCCCACCCCCGGGGAGUCUUAUCAUCCCCGCUGGUCCACACUCCUCCCAGUCACCAGCAGGUACUCCCUCCACACCUAAGGGACCUGCCAAGAUAGCCAUUGAGCCCACGGUUCCUAUGAAGCCACUCUACUGGAAUCGGAUACAGUUGCACAAACUACCCACAGUGGUGACAAAAGAUCGUCCUGACCCGAUAUGGAGUCAGGUGGAUGAGCUACUCAUCUCCCCUGAUGAGUUGGAGGAACUCUUCUGCAAGAAGAUGACCCAGAAGAAGAGACCGCUGGCAGACUCCUUUGACAAACCAAAGGCAAAAAAGGCUAUGAAGCUAUUGGAUGGCAAGCGGUCCCAAGCAGUCGGUAUCUUCAUGUCUAGCCUCCACGUUGAUAUGACCGAUAUCAGCCAGUCGGUCUUAAACAUGGACACAACCAUCGUAGAUCUGGAGAAUUUUGAGUCCUUGUUUGAAAUUAGACACCAAGAUGAUGAGUUGGUCAAGAUCAAAGCUCAUCUAGACAAGGAAACAGACCAACCACUGGACAAACCUGAACAGUUUUUGUAUGAGUUAUCCCAGAUCCCAGACUUUGCUGACCGGGUUUACUGCAUGACAUUCCAGGCUUCCUUCCAUGAAAACCUGACCUCACUCAGAGGCAAACUCGGCAACGUUCAAUAUGUCUGUGAGGUGCUGCUUACCAGUGAGGGAGUCAAGAAGAUCCUUGGUCUCAUCCUAGCCUUUGGUAACUACAUGAACGGAGGCAACCGAACCAGGGGCCAGGCCGAUGGGUUUGGUCUGGACAUACUCGCUAAGCUGAAAGACGUAAAGAGCAUGGAUAAUAAGAUAUCUCUUCUACAAUAUAUCGUCACCCACUACGUGGAGAAAAUCGAUGAGCAUUCAGGAACUGAGCAAGCACACUGUCCUCUCCCUGAACCCAGCAAGAUCAACCAAGCCGCUCUGGUGAAGUUUGAAGACCUCACCAAGGACCUCAGCAAAAUCAAGCGAGAUCUGAAAGGUUGUGAGGGCAAGAUGGUCAAGGUCUUGAAGAGUUCAGCUGAGGAGCAUCUCCAGCCCUUCAAGGACAAGAUGGAAGCCUUCCUGAGUCAGGCAAAAGAUGAUGUCGGCAUCACGGAGGAAAAACUGGAAGAAACAGUCACAAAGUUUGAUUACCUGUCCAAGUCAUACUGUGUCAAGCCAAAGAGUAAUGAGGAACUAACGCCCAACUACCUGUUCAGUCUCUGGGCUCCGCUGUGCAAAGACUUCAAGGAUCUCUGGAAGAAGGAACAACAAGGGAUAGCCAAGAGGAGAAUGCGAGAGGCCCAGGAGAAAGUCAAACAGAAACAGGAGGAGAAGCGAAGCUCGGUUAUCAUCAAGAAGGGAACCAAGAAGGCAGGGGGCCUGAAAGCCAAGUUGGCAGCCAAAGCAAGCCCAGCCGGCAAAACAUAACACUCCCUCAAGAGUUGCCACCAGCAUUGCGGAGUUGAAGGUAUGGUCAAUAUGUGCCUGCAUGUCUGAAAUGCUCCCCUGUGCUAGUUUCUUGCGGUAGCAUAAUUUCCCAGUACUUCAGUUGAG